AUGGCCACUCAAACUGGUAGCCUGAAGAAGAUCAGUCUGGCUGAAUUGGCAAAGCACAAUCAUGAAGAUUCUGCUUGGGUUGCAAUCAACUCAAAAGUCUACGAUGUCACCGAUUUCUUGGAAAGCCACCCUGGAGGUCGUCGUAUCUUGAUGACUGUUCUAGGAAAGGAUUGUACACAGCAGUUUGCUCAAUUCCACAAUACUGUUACCGUUCUGGGGUCAUACGGUCCGAAACUCGUCAUAGGAGAACUUGACGGUGCUGAGAAGCUGCCACCAAAAGAAGAUGGAAAGCUGUACGGGGAACUGGUUCCUUAUGGAGAUCCAUCAUGGUACCAAGGAUGGUAUACCCCAUACUACAACCAAUCUCACAAAGACCUGAGAGACUACGUACGAGGCGUUGUUGCCGAAACGCUGACUCCCUUCGCACUAGAAUGGGAGAACGCCAAGAUGUUCCCAUUAUCAGUCUACAAGCAUUGGGGACAGUUGGGAUUACUAGUACCAUUCAUGGGAGCCAAGAAAUGGCCCUCUGAAUAUGCUCCAUGUGGUCCACCAUGUGGAAUCAAACCUGAAGAUUGGGAUGUUUUCCAUGAAUUGAUUGUCACUGAUGAAUUGGCUCGUUGUGCAUCAACAGGAAUCUCUGCCGGUCUCAACACUGGCCCCAUGAUUGCUCUCCCUGCCAUUUACAACUUUGGAAAUGACGAAAUGAAGCAAAAGGUGUUGAUUCCUUGUCUUGCUGGUCUCAAGACUUCCUGUUUGGCUAUCAGUGAACCAUACGCCGGAAGUGACGUGGCAGGAAUGGUAACCAACGGUGUCCUCACACCAGAUGGCAAGCAUUUCAUCGUCAACGGAGAGAAGAAGUGGAUCACUAACGGUGUCUGGGCGGACUUUUUCAUUACUGGUGUGAGAACUGGUAACGCUGGUGGCAAUGGAUUGUCCAUGUUGUUACUCGAACGUGGUAUGCCUGGACUCAAGACCAGAGCCGUUUCAGCUCAAGGCAAUAUCGGAUCGGGAACUGCAUACGUCAUGAUGGAGAAUGUCAAAGUACCAGUCUCCAACAUUAUCGGCAAAGAGGGCGAAGGAUUCAAGCAAAUCAUGAAGAACUUUAACCACGAACGUCUGGGUAUUUGUUGGGGUGUCGUUCGUCAAGCUCGUGUUUGCUUUGAAGAGGCUAUGAAGUACGCAAAUCGUAGGAAGACGUUCGGUCAAUUCUUGAUCGAGCACGGUGUCAUCCGUAACAAAUUUGGACACAUGGCUCGUUUGAUUGAAGCUACUCAAGCAUGGACUGAAUCGGUAACCUACAACUGGGGCAAACUCUCUCACGAUGAUGCCGACAGAUUAUUAGGUGGUCCCAUCGCUUUGCUGAAAGCCCAAUGCUCAUUGACUUUCGAACUUUGCGCUCGUGAAGCAUCUCAGAUAAUGGGUGGUAUUGCCUACACCAAAGGAGGUCAAGGCGAGAAGGUCGAACGUCUCUACAGAGAUGUCAGAGGUGCUGCUAUUCCUGGAGGAUCAGAAGAGAUCAUGUUGGACUUUGGUGUUCGACAACAACUCAAGGUUAUGAGGGGUAUGGGAGCCAAGAUUUGA